AAAUAACUAUUAUUUUGUAAUUCUGCUAAAAAAGAGCUUAAAUUAAAUAAACAAGCGAGAUAUGCACGCCACUGCCAUUUAGCAAUGAACCUGAGCCAUGAACCCUCUGAUUGCAAUGAGUUUAUUAAGAGCAAACUAUACCGGACCAGCGGCAAAUGUGCGAUAUACGCACGCCAAGCGGAGCUCUAUGUUCAGGUGAAGCCGACUCCAACAGUCAGAGUCCAUGCACCAGCAUCAUCCAUGGCGGAGAGUAACAACAACAUAACCCACAUUCGUCACGACAUUUGGUUCCACAUUGCCAUGCAUAUAGAUCCCGAGGACGUGCAGACAUUCGCCCUGAUAUGCAAACAGACCGCCAUUCUUGUGAGCUCUCGAGCAUUCUGGCGGAAUCUGUAUAAACGAUACUGCGUGGGCGAGACGUUGGGCUGGAACCUGGUCUUGCCAGCCCACCUGCAGAUGGAACAAAUAUGUAGCUGUGAUACAAAAUCUUUGCGAUCGCUUGUCGUUAAGGCGCUCUUUUACUGCCACAGACCACUGAAAGUCCGACUUGAACAGAGUUACAAUCUCGACUGGCUGCUACAUCGCACCUUCGUCACUUGUUGGCAAAAACAAUAUCAAUGCCUGUGGGUAAUAUGCUAUAAGUUUUGGAAUAAACAGCCAGGCGUAAAUGUUGAAGAGGCUGAAGCGCCUGCUGGCCAAGUGGUGAACGACUGGGAGUCGCUUGCGGACGAGGAUGAAGGACAGCUAACACCGGACACUGGCAAUCCAAACGAAGGAGUUGUACUGCUGGUUGUGGUAUGCCGCCAGUUUGUGCCCACUCCUACGCUUUUGGCCUAUAGCCAACAGCAGGCGAGGUAUCGCCUGAGAGCCACCCGGGAGCUGCUCUGCACAGAUAUGCGGGCGAAGAACUUGGAGCUAGACUUUGCCGAAGACACCAGCAGCAAUGCGACAGUCACUGUGAAAUAUCCGCGCAUAGCAAAGUACAAAGUUUUGCCCUGGUGGCACCCUGACUUCCAGAGAUUUGUGAAAUAAAUUUCGAGUAACACUUACA